UAUUAUUUUUUUUUUAAUUUUGCUCAGCUGCUCUAUUACUGCUUUAUUAAUUUUGCUGCCAUCUGUCAACUGCUCUAUUAUUGUUUUGACAAUUUGACUUGUGUGACUGAAUUAUUAUUUUAUUUUCUUUGUAGUAAGUUGUAUUUUCUUAAUGGCACAAAAAAAGGAUCCAGCUUGGGCAUAUGGAAUUGCCAUGGGAAGUAACACAAAAAUCAAAUGUGUUUUUUGUGAUAUGACAUAUAAUGGCGGAAUAUUUCGUCAUAAGAAGCAUCUUAUUGGUGGUUAUAAAGAUGUUAAAGUGUGUCCAAAGGUCCCGAAUAGUGUGAAGGAAGAAAUAAAGGAGUAUUUUACGAAAAAAAUGAAUUUAAAACUCAAAUGAAUCAUGAAGCAUCCAUGGUUAAUCUUGUUGAUAAUGAUGAAAUGGAUGAUGAAGUUGAAGUGAAUAUGCCAAUGGGACCUCCCUCAAAAAAGAAACCUUCAACUAGUGAAAGUGGGUCAUCCACCGCUAGCAAUGUCAAAGGUCCUCUUAAUCUCUAUUUCUCGCAAAAACCAAAUGAAAAGAGAAAAGGUGGACCUAUUGAUCUAGAGGCUUCUAGCAAAAUUUUACGGGAUCGUGUUGUAUCUGCUUUUGCUAGGUGGAUGUAUGAUGCAGGAUUGCCUUUCAAUUGUGUUAACUACACCGAAAGUUUUGGUGAAUUCAUUGAGGCCGUAGGCCAAUAUGGCCCUGGAAUGAAACCCCCUACCUAUCAUGAGGUAAGAGUUCCUUGUUUAAAAAAAAGAGGUGGAAAAGACAAACAAAAUUGUAGAAGAUCAUAAGGUUCAAUGGAAAACGUAUGGUUGUUCCAUUAUGAUGGAUAAAUGGACAGCAAGGAAUGGGAAAAUGAUCAUCAAUGUUUUGGUGAAUUCUCCAAAAGGGAGUAUGUUCCUUGAAUCUCAUGAUGCUAGUGACUCUUGUACUGAUUCUAAUAAGAUGUUUAACUUGUUUGAGAAGACUAUCUUGAAAAUAGGCAAGGAAAAUGUGGUACAAGUUGUGACCGAUAACGCAAGUGAAAACAAAAAAGCGGGUGACAUGUUGAAGGGAGUGUUCCCGCAUAUUUUCUGGAUUCCUUGUGCUGCUCAUUGUAUCAACUUGAUGUUUGGUGACAUUUUCAAAGAGGCCCCGUAUUCUACAAGUGAACUUGAAUCUUGAUAUUUAAUGUUCUUUUUUAAUCUUCAUGUUAGUUUUCUUACUUAUUAACUAUUAAAUUUUUUUGAAUAGUUUUUGGUAAGGCUGUUAAGAUACAUUCUUAUAUCAGUCAAAGGGCACUGUUGUUGAAUAUGAUGAGGAGAUACACAAAGCAAAGAAACUUGGUAAAACCUGCUAAGACAAGAUUCGCAACAGCUUUUUUGACAUUGCAUAGUUUUUAUAUGCAAAAGAAAAAUCUGAGAACCUUGUUUAUGUCCACUGAAUGGAAUAAGAGUGUCUAUGCAAAGGAAACUCUUGGUAAAGAAGUUGCGAGACACAUCAUCAGUCCAUAUUUUUGGAAUGACACUGUUCAAGCACUUAGAGUUGGUGGUCCUUUAAUUAAUGUACUUCGUAUGGUGGAUGGGGAGAAAAAACCACCAAUGGGCUACAUUUAUGAAGCCAUGGAUAGGGCCAAAGAAAGUAUUGAAAAGGCAUUCAAUUAUGAUGACAGGAAAUAUAUGAAUGUUUUCAAAAUCAUUGAUGCAAGGUGGACGGAUCAACUUCAUCAACCUUUACAUGCAGCUGGACAUAUUUUGAACCCGGGGCUCUAUUAUAAAAAUAAUGAGAUGAAGACUUUAACUGAAGAAGUGUGGUUGGGAUAUCAUGCAUGUGUUGAGAGGAUGAUCCUAGAUAAAACUUUACAAGACAAAAUAGGGGAUGAGCUUGGUGUGUACAUGAAAGCUGAUGGGCUACUUGGAAUUGAGUCGGCCAUUAGAGCUAGAACCUUAAGGUCACCAGUUGAAUGGUGGAUGCAAUAUGGUCAUAAUGUCCCAGACUUGCAACAAUUUGCUAUUAGAGUGCAAAGUUUAACUUGUAGCUCAUCAGGUUGCGAGAGAAAUUAGAGUGUGUAUGAACAUGUGAGAACCUAUAUUACGUUAUUACUAAAUUAAAUGGUAUCUUAGUUGUCCAAAGUCCUCCCAUUAAUUACUUUCUACAUAUUCUAUGCAGAUUCAUACAAAAAAAAGAAACAACUUGAGUUAAAACGCCUGAAUGAUCUAGUGUUCAUCAAAUAUAAUAGAACAUUGGUGCGUCGCUACAAUGCUCGCAAUACCAUUGAUCCAAUUUUGUUGGAUAAUAUUGAUGAUGCAAAUGAAUGGUUAACUGGAGCACCCCAAAAUCAUGAAGAUGAAGAAGUAUAUGAAGGAGAAGGUCUCACUUAUGGUGAAGUUGCUACGGCUAGUGGUGUGGAGGAGAAUAUUUAUGGUUUUAGGGAGAGUACUUUAAGGGGCAAGGAAAAAAGAGUAGCUAUAGGUUCAAGUUCAUGUUCAAAAUCAAAUAGAAGUAGAACUCUUGUUGAUGAGUCCUCCGAUGAGGAAGAAGAUGAGGACCAAGUAGAAGUAGAACCCUUGUUGAUGGCACUUCAAGAGUUUGAGGAUCUUGUUGAAGAAUAGGAUUUUGCUCUCUUUGUGAUUUGGUUAUGCAUUUGCUUUUAUAUGUUGUUACUUAUGAGGAUUAUUGACUAUCUAGUUACUUUUUAAUCUAAGUCUUUUGAGUUCUUGAUUAUUUAUCUAUGCAUAUUUUAUAUUUUAUAUUUUUAUACUAAAUAGCGCUUUUUCUAAAAAAAGCAUGCGCUUCGCUUCACGCUUCACGCUUCUCGCUUCUGUGCAACGAGCCCCCGUUGCUUUUUUCCGCUUCUCGCUUCUCAAAACACUGCUAUCACCCUUCCGGAGGAGUAAGUAGUCAAUCUGAGUUCUAGCUACCGUGCUACUAAAGGUAACCAAUUUAUUAUCCCUCUUCAGAAAACACGAGUUAGCAAUAACCAACUCAAAAGCUUUAGCAAACUCCAGGAGAGAUACCCCGCCGCCAUUCCUUUUCCCAAAACCAAAGCCUCCAUGGACAUCAUCAAAACCAUUAGAAGUUGUACCGAUAUGAUCAUUGAAAUCUCCACCAAUGAAAAGAAUUUCAAUACUUGGUAUACCUCUCACUACCUCAUCCAAAUCCUCCCAAAAGAGCCUUUUGACUUCUUUAUCCAAGCCCACAUGGGAUGCAUAUGCACUAACAACGUUCAAAAUAAGUCUGCCUAUAACUAGCUUAAUAAACAUCAUCCUAUCACUGAUCCUCUUUACCUCCACCACACACUCCCUAAGAUUCGCGUCGACUAGAUUACCUACUCCAUUCCUAUCUCUUGGCCUCCUGAGUACCAUAAUUUAAAUCUGUACACAUCCCGAGCUUUGGAGCCUACCCAUCUAGUCUCCUGAACACAAGUUAUAUUAAUCUUUCUCCUCUUAAGACUCUUCACUAGCUCUAUGGACUUUCCUGUAAGCGAUCCUAUGUUCCACGAUCCUACUCUCAACUUACGAAAAUCCAUCUCCCUCUUAUCACUAUUUCCCCUCCCCUUCAACCCCAAUUGAGGGCAUGACCCUAGUCCACCAUCAGUAACCAAAGCCACUAAAACGAUAUGAACUACAAAGUGAAAAAUUGAUAACAAAUAAAUCCAAAAAAGACAAGCAAUGAGAUAAUAAUUGACAAUAUAAAAUGUAUAAUAGAGAGACAACACACACUAGUUAAUAGGCAAAUCAAGAACACUAAACACUAAGUGAAGAAGAAGAAAAUCUAAAGUAAGGAAGAUCAAGGAAGAAGAAGAAAGCCUA